GUAAUGAAGAUACGCACGUCCUGUGAAUAUUGUGAGGAAGUUUGUCGUCUCAACAACUCCUUUGAAAACAUAGCAAAUGAACAAAAUGUGAUGUAUUUUCUUCAUUGACAAUAAUCAAAUGUAGCAUAUAUUGCUGACGAACAAUGACCGAUUCAUUGAUUAAGGAGGGAGUUCUUUAUUACAAGAAACAAGGGGGUCGUGGUAUCCAGAAAUGGAUUAAACGAUACGGUGAGUUGUACGAGCAAAGCAAAGAAGGAGUGACACGUGUCGAACUGUACGAAAUCAAGGAUCUGCAAAAGAAAGGGGGUCAGAAAGCCCUGCAUACCUUGUCACUAAAAUCAUGUGUAAAGAUUUGUCAAUCUACGGCGCAGAAAAGUCAGAAAUACAUCAUCGAACUGAUUUUUGACGAAAAAAUACACUUAUUAGCGGUUGAUACACAAGAAGAUCUUGAUUUAUGGAUAGCAGAACUGAGGCGUGUGGCCUUUAAUGAAGUUGUAGAAACUUUCGGUUGCACAAAACAAAACCCAAAUCCAAGUCCAAAAACUCAACAAAGAAAUUCGCCUUCAACUGUAAGUCGCAAUAGUAGCGAUUUUGGAAUGCAGGAAAAUUCAUUGUACAGUACAUGUGAAGGUGAAGAAACAUUUUACGUAACGGUUAAACCAGACGAGUUUUCAGAGAGACUGAAAUUGGAAGGAGAAUACAAACUUGUUCUUGGUACACAAAGACUAGCAAUUCAUGAAAAGACAGGUGGUAUCGCCCCCCUCUAUGUCUGGCCAUACAAGUUCUUAAGGCGUUAUGGACGAGAUAGAGGAUCAUUCUCAAUGGAAGGUGGUAGACGAUGUGAACCAGGACCUGGAAAAAUCAUAUUUAACACUCUACAAGGCAACGAAAUCUUUCAAAAGGUCCAGUAUUACGUCAAGGAUAUGUCUGCCACAACAACGUUGAACCGUGACAGUACCAACAACAUGACUGGCUUAGAUGAAAGUCAACCACCAUUACCAGCUAGGGGUUACUUGGACAACCAGGAGCAAGCCGAUAUUUACGUCAAUGAUAAUAGAGAUACAGCUCCUGUGCAACGACAUCGUGUUGCCUCCUUGGAGUCUUCUGAGAAAAUGCAUAGUGAUCGAAAAAAGAUACCGGCAACUGGAUUUCUGAAGCAUCUGGACAAAACUCUUCAAUCCUCAACUCCUAUUGCCCGAGGAGCUGCAGAUGGUCAAGCUCAUCCUCAUGUAAAGAGAUCUAACUCAGUGGAUCCAUUGUAUACUGCCGUUCCAGACUCAAAAAUUAGCUGGAAGGGACAGCAACCACAGAGUAGUGUUGUGCCAGAUUAUGGUAAACAGAGAGAUGGUUUUAACGAGGCAGGUGGAUACUCAGAACUGAAAAUACAAGGGUCUGCAUCAGAUUUAGGUGAUCAAGUAAUAAAGAAAGAAUCAAAGAAAGAAAAGAAAAAAGCAGAAAUAGAAAGGAAAAAGUUGGAAAAAGAAAAAGAAAAAGAGAACAAACGAAGAAUGAAAGAAUUGGAAAAGAAGAAAGUCAAACCUAAACAACAUCCACAUUCUAAAGAUACACCAAGCGAAUCACUCCAGUAUGAACAUCCAAAUGCAGGCGCACCAGUUAGCAUUCAGCCAGAUGAGAGCUACUAUGAAGAUACUACUAACAUGUCCAUUCCCCAUCCCCAUCCCCAAAUACCUGAUGCUAAUGUUUAUGAUCACCUCAACAGAGCAUCAAAUUUUGCUGCCAGCAAGUCACAUAUGCAACCCUCCUCUAACGACGAGACAUACGACCGCCUUAAUCGCAAUUUGAGCGCACAGUUGUCAGCGAGGCACCCACUUGAAGACGCCACGUAUGACAGACUUGAUCAUUCUGGCCCGGAGACUGCUAUGACUAGUGAGUCUGGGUAUGACAUCCUUUCGUUAACCAACGACCAAUCAGAAGGGGUGAUUCCAGUCCGUAUGGAUGAUCAAAACUACAUUUCUGCAGACAGUAACUUUAGGUUUAGGAGAGAUGACAAGGCUUCUGCAAAUGAAUUUGAGGAUGUAGGUCAAGAUCAAGCAUAUUUAUAUUCCACUGCACAUUAAAUAUUAGAAAUUAGAUAAAAAUGUUGUUCUUUCUGUUUUAUAAAAAAUUAUCACUCAUUAUUGUAAUUAAGUUAAAAAUGUUGCUCUUUGUAAUUUAUACAAAAUUAAUCAUUCACUCAUUAUUGUAAUUAAGUUAAAAAUGUUGCUCUUUCUAUUUUAUACGAAAUUAAUCAUUCACUCGAUAUUGUAAUUAAUGUCAGUUUUAUUAAGCACAGUAGUAGCUUCAUUUUAUGAAAUUGCUUUUUGUCAGCCAGACAAUAUUUAAUCAGACUUUGAUGAAAAAUAAUUAAUUUUAAAUAAUAUGAAUAAUAGAUACAGGUGUUCCAACUCUCCCAUGUCAAUCAAGUGUUUCCCAAAUUUUCAUUCAUUCACCCCCAGUCUCCUAUGUUAAAAUAACAGGCUAUCACAUUUUUUUCCCCAUAAUUUAGAUUUCUGUGCUAUUUCUUUUUGUGUACUGAUUUUAUCAAUGAUAUCAGCAUAACAAAUGCUUCCUGAAAUAAACACCCAUGAUAUCUAAUACAGGAUGCAAAGGCGAUCUGCAUAUAAGAGCACCCUCCGAGCUUGAGAAGGUUUUUUGGAAGAUUUUUGUAUGUUAGGUUUAUACAAAGAUGACCUCUCUAUUUCACCGUCAGGAUUCCUUUUGUGGCUCUUGGUCUUGAUACUACAUGGCUAGCUGACUAAAGAGAUAAAUUUAGGGCUAAUCUAUCAACGAAUACCAUUUAAUGAGCUUUUAAAUGCUCAUCAAAAUCUUACCAGCCACCUUCACGUCAUCUCCCAGGGGUUGGAAUGUCUAAUAAUUGAGCAUAGCCUAACAAUCAUGAAAAGCGAUAAAGUUGUGUGUGCAUGAUAAGAUAUCUGCAUAGUUUUACAAGCAUGAAAUUCUGUUUCAUCAGACCGAAGUCCAUGGGUGGCACCAGGAUUUGCCCAAGAGGUCCCCAACAGGGGGUCGAUGCGGGGUUAGAUUUCCCUGACGAAAGCAAAGUGGGCGUGGUGCAAGCAAAAGGUUCCGAAAGUGGUCCAGACGGCGAAGCCCCCCAAAAAUGUUGACAAUUUAGGGGUUUUAAAGGCUUAAAGGGGGAGGGGGGACAGCUCUCCCCGACGGGGGCCCUACUCCCCCAGCCCCCCGCUGGCACCACCUCUGCACGUUGUGGAGCCUGACAGAUAAAAAAAAUCUUUUACUACAGUUCAUUAUUGGUUUUAUUGUUUGUUUAGAACUGUGCCUAUAUUUAACUGGUCAUGAUGUGAUGUCAUCAUGACCAUAUUUAGGCAUGUCACAUAAAUUCAUCAUGACCAUAUUUAGGAAUGUCACAUAAAUAAAAUUUGAUAGUCUGGACAGGACUUUAGACCAUAAAGAGAACAUGAUUUCCAAAGUAUUGUUUGUUUAUAUCUAUUCUAUAGUGUUUGCCUAGAAGUAUAUACAAUACAGUGUAUUUAAUUAAAAUAAUAUAACAUACACAAUGCACAAUAAUUCAUAAAAUAUCCUUUUUUUUUGUACUAUUUUAUUGAGUUAUUAAUUAUUCAAAGUUUUAAACAAUAUUCCUAUAUUGAUAAUAUUCAUAUAAAGUUAGGGCUACUUUUUUAAACAUUAACUGCACACAUACAUAAAUUUUAGUUUUAACAUAUUAAUAUGUCAAAAGUAGUCAUAGGUUUCUUUGAGGUACGCAAUUUAGCAACAGUGAUUUGGAUAUAUAUAUAUAUAAUACAUUCAUAUUUUUUUUUUUUUACUUUUUUAUGAGCAAUUAAAAGUAAAUUGAAAAGCAGCUUUAUACACUUAAUACUUUAUACACUUUUGUUCUGUUAACACCAGUGGUGGCGCCAGAAGGGUGUCGGAGGGAAAAUUUCGGACCCAUGUCAACAAAUUUCUGGAGCCACCACUAGUUAAUACCAGAGGUUCACUAGCAAAUACUCUGGUGAGAUACUCUCUUUGUGGUGAGCAAAAAAAAAAAAAUAUUAUAUUUAAAUUCUUUACUUUUUUUAGUUAAGGCCAGACUUUUUUUAUACCUUGUUUAGCGAACCCGCCAACUGCAAAUAUUGAUGAUUUCAAAUAAAAAUUAAAUUUUUUUUUUGGACAAUUAAUGCCACAAAAAAGUGGGAGUUUAAACAAAAAAAAAUAAAACUUUUUCUUUAUAUUUAUUAGCCCUCCGCUGCCUUGAAAUCUCCAAAGAUAUGUAUAUUUCUUCCUAAUUAUAUAAAUUGGAAGCAUUUAACCAUUCUAUUUUACAGUCAAUAAUAAAAUUUAUUUUUAUAUUCUCCAUCUGGAUGAUUUUGGCAAAAAUAUUUGCUAAAUAAGAAAACAAAAUUUUAUAUUUAUUCCGCCUUCCGAUAAUCUUUAACAAAAUGAGUAUGCGAAACAAGGAAUAAAAAAAGUCUCGUCUAAGUAUUAAUCUUAUUAGCUUUUAUUGGAAGUUAGAAUAACAACAUAGUUUUAAUAGAUGCAUCAAACAGUAAUGUUUUAUUUUUGCAUAGACAUUUAAAUUGUUAUUCAAUUUUAAAACUUUUAUGGUAAGAAAUCUGUAAAUCAAAAAUCAUAAUAUAAUAUUUUUCUUAUUACUAAAAAUGAGUAAUUUUGUGUUUUCAUGUAUUCUUAAAUUUUAAACGCAGUAUAUUUUUAGGCAAAACCAAACAGUUUUAAUUUCAUAAUCCCUUUACUAUGCAACAUUUUUCAUUCAGGGGAAGGAUAACUUGUGUAGGUCAAGUUUUUGUACAAAUAAAUUGUAAAAUUAAUUAUGACUAGGAUAGGUGUUGAAAAUGAUGUCAGUCAUCUUGAAAGAUGAAGAUAAACAGUGUUUAUGAUGUCAUCAGUUUGAGUCUUGAGCGAUAUUGCCUGUCUGGAAUGAUUCAGCAAUCUUGAAUAAUUUCUUCAUAGUAAUGAAAACUAAUGCAUACCACUGCGCAAUGUGACGACCUAACUAUGCUCCCUGUGAGAGCUAGGCAACGUGACAGCCAUCUGAUUAUCGGUGGCAAUCUCAACAAAUUGUCAAUAAAAGCAAUGUAGGCCGUUGCAUUCUCCAAAGAAACGCAUCUGCCGACAACCGCAUUCUGUAUGCUGAGCAUUUAAGUUGGCUAUGUAUCUUGCAUUAUCUAAGCAGUUCAAUAAUGCCCAUAUAAUAAAAGUGUUGGACUAAAAAAAAUAUAUUAGACAUGUUCAGAGUUAUUUAAUUUCAACAAUAGAUUUCCUUCCAUUGUGUCAUAUUGGCUUGAGUAACUUACAGUAAUGUAAAAAAUAUAAUCUGCAUUUGUGUACGAAACCAGAUUUUGUAUGUAUUAUUUUAUGCAUUUGACCAAGUACUUCUAGACUGCUUAAUUUUGGUUUUACCUUUUUUUCCAUGACCGAUGCAACACAAAACCAGUCAAAUAGUUUGAUGUAUGGUACUUACAUUUAUAUUUUAUUUAUAUUUUUAUAACAAGAUUGAAUAUUUGAAUCUGUAAUAUAUAUAUUGUUAACAAUGAAAGUUAUCACUGUUUUACAAACGGUAAAUUCAGAUAAUUGUGUGUAUCAACCUAAUAAAAUUUUCUAUAUUUUUUUAUAAUACAAUAAUAUUUUACAAAAUGCAUUAUUAUAAUACGGUACACCAGAUAUCACCUCAUUUUGAGAAAGAGUACCCCCCUCACAUAAUCAUUGAGCUUCCUACUCAACUUUUGUGCCCCACCCCAAACACCUCCCCCAUUUCAAGUCUCCUAGAUAUGCCACUGAUUCCGAGUAGUGUUCUCCCAGGCAGAAGCUGUAUACUACACUAUUUCAAGGUGAAACUCAUAUAAAAAUGACAUAUUUUUUAACUCUCUUUUUUUCCUAAAAGAACUGUCAAAUCAGUACUUUUUCAUUUGUUAACUACAGUAUUUCAAUUUUUGUUUUUUUGAGAAAUUGCCGUUGCGGGACAACGAAUCACACUUUUAUGUUCCCGAAUAUUGCAAAGUUACAGUUUUUAACUAGCUUUUGUUUUAAAUGAUAGUUUAAUGAAUACAUUCAGUAAAUAAUAGGAAAAUGUAUUUAGGCUUGACAACUAAAAUGAUUUACAUUCUCAAAAUGCAGGUUUUGUGGUAAAACAGAUGCAAGUGCAUAAUUUGUAACAUUACAUAUGAAGUUACUGCACGUUCUUCCAAUACCCGCCAAGAAUAAUUUUAGAUUAAAUUUAGUCUACAAGACAAAUCCUAGUAUUUUCUUUUUGUGCUUAACAUAAAUAUGACAAAUUAUGCAACUUUAUACAGCCUUAAGGUCUAUGAGGAGUAUUGCCUAUUAUUGUAGCAUUUCAACUUUAUCAAUAAAGUUAUAAAAAAAUUAUAUAAA